AUGGCAAGUGAGAAACAAAAAGCCAAAAAGAUUGCAGCACCACAAUUUCGCAUAUGGUCUCCCACUACACUACUCAGUGUGGCCCUAUGCAGCUUAACUAACGUUGAUCGGACGGGAAACGGUGCUUCCUGCAUGGUAUGGCCGCAACCGAAAGUUAUUAUGAAACAGCCUGGAGCUGUCUCUUAA